CUACCUAACAAAAAUCAAGCGAUUCCACAUCUAACAAAUACUAAGAUAAACCCUGGGGGCUCAUAUAUUUCUCCUUUCACCGUGCGGCCUGCAAAAUCUCAAUCAGGGAGACAACGGAGCACUCAGACGAUGGCAACAUCAAGCACAAGUGCUCUUGCUAAUGUUCGGUGUGCGGAUUACUAUCGGUUGCCAAGUUUCUUGAAGCGGUUCUCACGAUUUCGGAACUGCGAGAGCAUUCGCAUUCCAGCACAGUGGGUGAGAGAGUAUGGGACUGAGCUCCCACUCCAUUGCACACUCUCAAUGGCAAAUGGAAACCGGUGGGUAGUGACAAUGAUAAAAUUUGCCAAUGGUUGUUACUUCAUGUCUGGAUGGGAAAUAUUUGUGAAAGAUAAUUAUAUAUCCCACGGGGAUGGCCUAACGUUCACUCAUAUUGGAGCCGGAGAAUUCCAUGUGAUGCGCUACGACGCUAAGAAUGGUUGCCCUCACCGGGACGAUUAUGAUGUGUGGGAUCCCUCAUGGGAAGGUCCAGCCAAGGUAGAGCCUGAUUUGGACACCUCGGACGACUACGAGUCAUUUGAAAAUGACUCUUCAGACGACUCUGGAGCGGAAGACAACCCAGCGCCUGAGGAUUUGGAGGUGGGAGUGAUUCCACAGUUUAGUGUGAUGCUGAAGAAGCCCAAGCAUGAGCUUUCAUUAAGUUUUCCAUCGGGUUUCUGUAAGAAACAUCUUUGUAUGAUUUCAUCGGAGUGUGUUGGGGCAUAUUUUACGGUGGAGGAUCGGACUUGGCAGAUGGUGCUCCGCAACAAGCAUGGCAAGAUUCGCACUAAACGUGGGUGGAAGCGAUUCAUGAUCGGUAACCGUGUCCGCGCAGGGAUGCGGUGCACCUUUCAGUUAAUCGACGUUGACGAGGUACAAUUCUAUGUUACCUUUCAAGUUUGAUUUGGUGGACUAAUGUUAUGCCUUCUUCCGCUUUUGAAUGAUGUUGCAUCAUGAAACCAUUAAGUUUUUGGGGUGUACUUGGAUUUUUGUUAAGCCUUUCAUGGAAGAAUCUGUUAUUGUAUGCUUACUCUUCACAAAUGUGUGCCCACUGAUGCAUCAUUUCUACGGUUGAUAGGGGAGUAGAAACUUCACAAAGAUUCUGUUCAUGUAUGUUUAAUUUUCACAAAGAAUCUGUUAUAGUAUGAUAUGAACCAGUUUUUGUA